UUAUUUAUAAUUAUAGAUUCUCUAUGAUUUUAACGUGUUUCCAAAGACGCAGAAAAGUAAAAUCAAAUUAAUCGUAAAAUAUGGUAAAAAUGAUAAGUGAAACAUGCAUUAUAACAUAUAAAACGGAAAGUUAAUAUAAAUCCUUUGAAAGCUUUUGAAAUGACCUAUUAAUACGCUGAAGUUGUACGCCAUGCCAUACGAUAUACGAUCCUACUUUAAUGCAGCGGCAUCUAAAUCAAAGUCAGCGGUAAAGGCAAAACCAAAGAUACCAAUAGAAGUCUCCAGUGAUGAAGAUGUUAUAUCUGAAACACCUGCAAAAGUCAAAGUUAAAUUAACCAAUCUUAAAAAACGAAAAGUAAUCCUUAGCGAUUCUGACUCAGAUCGUGAAAGUAAAAAGAACACAAAAAGGUCUAAGACAGCCAAUGACAAUCCUGGGAUAGAGUUGAAAAAGGUAAAUGUAGAAGAUAUAUUAGGUAGUACUCCUGUUAAGCAAUCUGAGGUCAAAAUAAAACCAAAAAAUGAGGAGGAAAUUGCUGCUAAUGUUUCUCAAUCUAAAAAGACACCCAAGAAAAAAUUAAAAACAGAAGUUGGUAUUCAUAAUGAUGAAGAUUUUGAGAAGUCUCUGUUGGAACUUGAUGAAGACUUCUUAUUGAAUAAUGUUGAUGAACUGGACAAAACAAUUGAGUUAGAAUUCAAUAAAACUCAGGAGGAAUUAACAACUGGAAAUUUAAAGAUAGACAAAGAUGAGAAAGAUAUAAAAACACCUGGGAAAAGAAAGAAAUCACCAGCUAAACCAAAAAAAUCCCCUUUCAAAAAUACCCAUGUGGAAACAGAUCAAGAUCGGUAUGACAGAAAAGUCCAUUCUGCUGUCUCGUAUCAAAAUUAUUUGCAUCGAGGAGGUCCUCCACAUCAUGGCAGUAAAGAAUUACCAAAAGGUAAACCAGAUUGCUUAAGAAACUUGUGCUUCCUACGAACAGGUGUUUUAGACUCAUUGGAAAGCUACGAAUUUGAAGAAUUGAUAAAAGAGCAUGGAGGACGAGUUGUACAUGCAGUUUCAAAAAAAGUAAAUUAUGUUGUUAUGGGUGACGUACCAGGCCCUGCAAAAUUGGAGAAGGCAAGAAGUUAUGGUAUUCCCAUCAUAUCAGAGGAUGACCUUCUGAACUUAAUUCAAAUUAAGUCUGGAAUGAAACCUACUUACACCACCAGUGAAUCAGAAGAUUUACAAAACAUAGAAGAAGAAGGACAAAGUAGUACAAAGUCUCCCAAGGAAGACGGGUCUCCUAAACAGCUUAAUAAAGAAAAAAGUGAUUUGCCAGAGAGAAAAAUAGUAUUUAAAACUCUUGAAAAGGACCAUUCAACUAAGGAGUCAUUGAUUGAAGAGGAGGUAAUGAAAGAAACAACUGAAGCAGAUAAAUUUCCAAAGAUGAAACGAUGUUUAACUCCCAAAAAAGACCAUUCAGAUAAGGAAGGAUCAAACGAAAAAUUAAUAAAAGAAGAAGCUUAUCUGGACCAAAAUGAUGACCAGAUUGAGUUAUCUAAAGCCUCACCUGAAUAUGAGACAUUACUAUUAACAGAAAAGUAUAAGCCACUAAAUGCAAAAGUUGUUGUUGGCCAACAAGGAGAUCAUAGUAAUCUAAAGAAACUUAUGACAUGGCUGCAAAAUUGGCAUACAAACAAUCAACACUGUCAAAAUAAAUCUAGAAAUGUAAAAGCUACGAGCAGGAAUGAACCGGGGGCUUCUUUCAAAGCAGCCCUAUUAAGCGGUCCUCCAGGCGUUGGUAAAACCACCACAGCAACCUUAGUUGCGAAGGAAUUGGGCUUUGAUGUUGUUGAAUUUAAUGCAUCAGAUACAAGAAAUAAAAAGUUGUUACAUGAAGAAGUCUCCCAGUUGCUCAGUACAAAAACAAUAGCUGGUUUUGUUAAAGAUGGUUCUCAGCCAACAUCAAAAAGAGUACUGUUAAUGGACGAAGUGGAUGGAAUGGCCGGCAAUGAGGACAGGGGAGGAAUACAAGAACUCGUAAAUUUGAUUAAAAACACCCAUAUCCCUAUAAUUUGCAUGUGUAAUGACCGCAACCACCAAAAAAUUCGAUCUUUGGCCAAUUAUUGCUUCGACCUGAGAUUCCAUAGACCCAGAUUGGAACAAAUAAGGGCAUUUCUUAUGACAGUGUGCUUUAGAGAAAACUUAAAUGUUUCCCCAAAUGCUUUGAAUGAAAUAAUAACUGGGGCUGGAAUGGAUAUAAGACAGUGUCUGAAUAAUUUGGCAAUGUGGGUUGCAGGAGAAAAAAGUUUGUCAGUAGAAAUAGCAAAAAAAGAAGCAACCCUUGCCAAAAAAGACACGAUUUUGGGUCCAUGGGAUGUUUGUAAAAAAAUAUUUAAUAAAAGAGAUCAUGAAAUGAUGUCAGUUACAGAGAGAGGCAGAUUAUUUUUUUACGACUAUAGUAUGGCGCCUCUUUUUGUACAAGAAAAUUACCUUCAAAUAGUUCCACUUAACCUAAGGAAAAGGUGGAUACUAAGGGCGUCAAAAACAGCAGAUUCGUUAAGUUUUGCGGAUCUUCUUGACAAGAAAAUUAGAAGUGAUAACAACUGGUCACUACUUGAAGUAGAGUCGAUGUUUGUUGCUGUCAUUCCAGGUACUUAUAUGGGAGGACAAUUAGGGGCUCAAAUAAAUUUUCCGAGUUGGCUAGGAAAAAAUUCCAAACGAAAUAAAUUUCAAAGAAUUGCAACUGAAAUCCAAGCGCAUAUGCGGACAAGUACAUCUGCUUCUCGUUUGUCUUUUAAUUUGGAUUAUGCUUCCCACUUAAGGAAUAGAAUCCUUGAACCACUGAUAAAAAAGGGGAUGGAUGGUAUUCAGGAAGCAAUAGACAUCAUGCAUGCUUAUAAGCUUUCGAGGGAUGAUUUGGAUGGAAUUUUGGAAUUGGCUCAUUGGCAUGGAAGUACAGACCCUUCAAACCAGUUGAACUCAAAAGUGAAAGCCGCUUUUACAAGGCAAUUUAAAAAGGAAGGUGUUGUACUUCCUUAUGCUGCAACUUCUGCAAGUGUUAAAAAAAGGGGAGUAGCAUAUUCUGAAGAUUUACUGAAUGGUGAGGACGAAUUUGUGGAAGAUGAUGACGAUGAAGGCGAAGAUGAUGUUACUAAGGAUUCAAAUAUUAAAGUGAAGAAGGCGACCCAAAAAGUUGUUAAAAAGAAAGAUGAAGCAUCAAGCAGCGGCACUAGCAAGGGCGGUGGAAAAGGGAAAAAGAAAAAAUGAGGGGGAAAAAUGAAAAAUUUUGUUACUAAUAUUAUCUUUACGAUUUUGCAUGAUUGUUGUUACUAUUGUAACGUUACUAUUCUUUAUUAAUUAUUAAGCAUUACUUUUGUAUUUUUUGUCAUAAUCAUUAUACUUAUUACAUCACUUAAUAUACUAUCUUUUUUACA